UGCAGUUUCUUCCGUCUGUGGCGUCAGUGACGACUCUGUGCGAAGUGUUGGAGACCUCAGGUUCCCGGGAAGCCUUCUUCUGCUCCUGAACGAUUAUCACGUCUUCUUGAAGUCUUCUUGGAGAUUCCUGGGUCCUGUGAAGCCCUCUUCAGCGCCUGAAGGCCUGCUGGAGACACCCCCUUUGGAUUAACAUGUCUUCUCGAAGGCCCCACGACUCCUAGAUCUAGAUCCAGUGCAAACGUCUCCAGGGAACGGAAUCUCCUUAUGCAUUCUGGAGCAAGUGUCAUUUUCAAAAACUAACCUAAGUGACAGUGUGAAGUAUAACGUAUAACAUAUAACAAUGCCUGUUGCAGUUAUUAGUAUUGUAUUAAAAGGUGGUAUGGCUCAGUUCCUGAGUGGAGCUUUGACUUUAACGUUUAUAACUAUGUGCGCUCUUCCUUUAUGUGCUGUACGCAAUUUGUGGAGGAAGAGAGGCAAGGAUAAACCGAGGAUGGACAUUCAGGACAACGAAGUGGCUGGUUUGCGCCGAGAAUUGGAUGCCGCCCACAAGAGGAACGACAACCUGAAGGAAAUUCUUCUUGAACGAGUCAGGAAGGAGUGUGGCGCGCUCUUGUCGACCAACGAUGUGGAUAAUGCUGUCUUGCAGGUCCAAGAUCUUUUGGACAUGGCUGAGGAGGCAGAUGCUCGAGUUCUGGAAGUAGAGGAAAAGAUGGAGGCUAUCUGCCUAGAGAACCAGAGCCUGCAGAGGAAGGCACUAGAGGACCAGCAGGCUUUGGCCCAACAUCAGAAGGAAAUCCUCCAACUGAGAGACAGUCAGGUUGCAAAGGAAAACGAUCUUUUGCAGAAUAGAAAACAGUUAUUGGAAUACGAGAGGAUGAUCCAAGAGCUACAGAAAGAUCUGGCAGGAAAAAAUGAGCAGAUAGAUGUGCUCAUGGUGCAAGAUAGCAACAAACAAAAGGAAAUAGACGGACUUCGUAAGGAACUAGAGGCGAAGGCGAAAGAAUCUGAUGAGCUCUUUAGUCGAAAUGACACAAAUGAACAAAAUCUCAUCAGAUGCGAGAAUAAAAUUGGAGAAUUAGAGAAAAUAUUAGUUGAAAAGCAACGAGAAAUCUGUGAGCUUCAAAGAGAGAUAGAAGACAGAGAUAGUGAUGUAUGCAAGCUUGUUUUUUGUGAGAAGAAAGUUGAAUGUCUCAAGAUGGAAUUAGAAGAAAUGCAAUUGGCUUUUGAUGAACUUGUAAGCCAGAAUGAAAGAAAUGAAAAAAAAUUGAUUGAAAAACAAAAAGAAAUUGAUGAACUUCAAAAAGACAUGGAUGACAAAGAGAAAGAAAUAGACAGCCUUAUUCAAAAGGAGAAGGAAGUUAUGGAUUUUAAGGAGGAAUUAGAAAAUAAGAUAUUGCUUUUCAAUAGAAUUUUGAGUCUAAACGAAAAAAAUGAGAAAGUAGUAGUUGAAAAAGAAAAAGAAAUUGAAAAGCUUAGAAAGGAAUUGGAAGACAGAGAUAGAAAAAUGGAGAGUUUAAUUCAGUAUGAGAAGGAAGUUGCCAAAUUGAAAGAAGAAUUACAACUCAUGGUGUUGCAUUACGAUCAAAUGCCGAGUCUAAAUGAAAAAAAUGAGAAAGUAGUAGUUGAAAAAGAAAAAGAAAUUGAAAAGCUUAAAAAGGAAUUGGAAGACAGAGAUAGAAAAAUGGAGAGUUUAAUUCAGUAUGAGAAGGAAGUUAGCAAAUUGAAAGAAGAAAUACAAUUCUUGGUGUUGCAUUACGAUCAAAUGUCGAGUCUAAAUGAAAGAAAUGAGAAAAAAAUAGUUGAAAAAGAAAAAGAAAUGAAAGAACUUAGAAAGGAAUUGGAAGACAGAGAUAGAAAAAUGGAGAUGGAGCAACACGAGACUGAAGAGCUCCUGAAGGAGUUGAAGAAGCAGCAGCUGGAGAUUGAGGAGCUUUCGUGUCAAAACCUGAGACAAGAGGAGGAACUCAAAGCGAAGCAGAAGGAAGUUGAACAGAUUGAGAACCUGAGGGAACAAGACCGGGCCAAGUACUUGGAGUACGUGGAGAUUCAGUUUAGGGAAAUAAACGAGCGCAUAGGAGAGAAGGUCACUGACCUAGCAGUAGAGGUCAUUUGUCUACGCGAAGAAGUUCGGCAGAAGAACAAAUUGCUGGAGGAACUUGGGGUCCCGUUGGAAAUUCUCAACGAGGAGACGGGACAAGUGGAGGAUGGAAAAGGAAGCUCUUCUCCAACAGCUGGUUGCUGAGGAUGAGAUGCAAGACCAGCUGUGGUGACUUGAAAAUUACUGUCAGUCAGUCAGUCAGGUGACCAGAGGAGAGGGAAAACAAGGAUGUAGAGAGUAAAAUUAACCAGAGCAUUACCUCUGGAGUAAUAUGUAUAUGUAUGUAUAUUACACACACACACACACAUACAUAUAUAUACACACCCCCCCAGUGUGUAUAUAUAUGUACACACACAAAUAUAUGUACACACACCCCCAGUGUGUAUGUAUAUGUACACACAACACACACAUAUAUGUACACACCCCCCCAGUGUGUAUAUAUAUGUACACACAACACACACAUAUAUGUACACACACAACACAUACACAUAUAUACACACAUAUCGCAUCCCCCAUGUGUGUAUAUACACACAUACAUGCACUCACACACACAUAUAUACAUACAUAUAUAUUGUCUCCAGAGGGAUUUGAGCUCUGGCCUGGUUUGGAAACUAUAGAAUUGGCUCACUUCCUUCCACCUCUCUUUUCCCAACACAACAAGCUGACAAGAUUGGAAAACUCUCCCUACUGGCUGGGAGCAGAAAGACUUAUCCAGGAGAGUCUACCCGAGCACCUAAGGAGCUGAUGCUGAUCAGCUGGUGCCAGGUCUCAGGAAUCCUCUUCGUAGGGCGGCUGAAGAGCUAACACAGGGAAUUGCCUUGCUGAUCGCCUGGUGUUGGUUGGGAGAAGAAGGGCUCCUGGGUCAUGUCCAGUGACGGUUUCCAUUGAAAGAUGGGGAGAGGCUCCUCCUAUUGGAGACGUAGGUGAUCGUUGUCUCCGUCUGAGAUCUCUGUGUUCCUGGCAAUCUGUGGUGCCUGGUGGGGGCGCUGCAGAUUGUCAGGAACACAGAGAUCCUGGGCAGAGGCAUCGGCCAUUGCCGCCUCUGAUAGGUCUGGAGGCCCUCUCCAUCCUCCAACGGAAACUGUCACUGGACAUGAACCAGGAGACCCAGAGGGAUUUGAGCUCUAGCCUGGUUUGGAAACUAUACAUAGAAUUGGCUCACUUCCUUCCACCUCUCUAUUCCCAACACAACAAGCUGACAAGAUGGGCAAGCCCUCUCUACUGGAUGGGAGCAGAACGACUUAGCCAGGAGAG